AUGUCUGCAACUGCUGGUCAAGUUAUUAGAUGCAAAGCCGCCGUAGCAUGGGAAGCAGGGAAGCCAUUGGUGAUUGAAGAAGUGGAGGUUGAACCACCACAGAAAAUGGAAGUUCGCUUGAAGAUCCUGUUCACCUCCCUUUGCCACACUGAUGUCUGCUUCUGGGAGGCCAAGGGGCAGACAGCGCUUUUCCCUCGCAUUUACGGUCAUGAAGCUGGAGGUAUUGUAGAGAGUGUGGGUGAAGGUGUGACAGAUCUCCAACCCGGAGAUCAUGUUCUUCCCGUGUUCACUGGCGAGUGCAAGGAGUGCCAUCAUUGUAAAUCUUCAGAAAGCAACAUGUGCAGCCUUCUUAGGAUAAAUACCGACCGGGGGGUCAUGAUCAGUGAUGGCAAGACGAGAUUAAUCCAGCGGCACCACUUGACAAAGUUUGUCUUCUUAGUUGCGGGAUAUCCACAGGACUUGGUGCAACUCUAA